ACAAUGUGGGCCUGGACACUGUGGUUGCUCCCUCUACUCUGCAAAUUUGGCCUGGCAGACCUGCCAGCUAAGCCUGAGAAUAUUUCUUGCGUCUUCUACUAUACGAAAAAUUUUACUUGCACCUGGAGUCCAGAGGAAGAAGCUAAUUUUAUAUCAUACACAGUCAGGAGAACUUUGUGUUAUUUACGUGAAAAUGAUACUUGUAUUUCUACAAGUGAAAAUGGUUCUUCAUGCUCUUUUUAUUCAAGAUUAACACCACCAGAUAUUUACAUUAUUCAAGUGGAGGCUCAAAAUGCAUAUGGUAUAAUUAAAUCUGAUAUAACAUAUUGGGACUUAUAUACCGUAGCUAAAAUUGAGCCACCUAAGAUUUUCAGUGUGAAACCAGUUUUGGGCCUCAAACAAAUGGUUCAAGUAAAAUGGACACAGCCUGUGUUGGCACCUAAGUCAUCUACUUUAAAUUAUACACUUCGAUUCAGAGCAGUAAAUAGUACCCAUUGGAUGGAAGUCAACUUCACCAGAAGCUGUGUGAAUGAAGAAGAAGCAUAUAAUCUCACAGGGCUGCAAGCUUUUACAGAGUAUGUUGUAACCCUGCAAUGUGUGGUUAACAAGUCAAGGUUCUGGAGUGGCUGGAGUCAAGAAAAAAGGGGAAUAACUGUGGAAGAAGCUCCACAUGGCCUGGAUCUAUGGAGAGUCCUGAGAUCAGACAAAGUGGAUGGAAAAAGGCCAGUGCAGUUGUUGUUGAAGAAGGCAAAAGGAACCCCAGUCCUGGAGAAAGUACUUGGUUACAACAUAUGGUAUUUUCCAGAAAACAAUACUAACCUCACAAAGACAAUGAACACUACUAACCAGCAGCCUGAACUGUACCUGGGAAACCAGACCUACUGGAUACAUGUGAUUUCUUAUAAUUCUCUUGGGAAAUCUCCAGAGGCCACCUUGAGGAUUCCAGCUAUUGAUGAAAAGUCGUUCCAGUGCAUCGAGGCCAUGCACACCUGCCUCACUCAGGACCAGCUGGUGGUGGAGUGGCAAAGCUCUGCUCCAGAGGUUGAUGCAUGGAUGGUGGAGUGGGUCCCAGACUUGGACUCAAAGCCCUUGGCCAUCUCCUGGGAGUCUGUAUCUCACACCAGGAACUGGACAAUCCAGCAAGAUGAACUGAAACCUUUCUGGUGCUAUAAUAUCUCUGUGUAUCCAAUGUUGCAAAACCGAGUGGGUGAACCAUAUUCCAUCCAGGCUUAUGUCAAAGAAGGUGUUCCAUCAGAAGGUCCCAAGACGAAGGUGGAGAACAUUGGUGUGAGGACAGUCACAAUUAUGUGGAAGGAGAUUCCCAAGCAUCAGAGAAAUGGCUUCAUCAACAAUUACACCAUAUUUUACCAAGCUGAAGAUGGAAAGGAAUUCUCCAAGACAGUCAACUCCAGCAUCCUGCAGUAUGACCUGGAGUCCCUGACACGAAAGACCUCUUACACUGUUUGGGUCAAGGCCAGCACCAGUGCUGGGGGAGUUGAUGGCCCCAGGAUAAACUUCAAGACAUUGUCAAUUAGUGUCUUUGAGAUUUUUCUUGUAACUUCUCUGGUUGGAGGGGGCCUUCUUAUUCUCAUCAUCCUGACGGUGGCAUAUGGCAUCAAAAAACCCAACAAACUGAAGCACCUAUGUUGGCCUGAUGUUCCCAACCCUGCUGAAAGCAGUAUAGCCACGUGGUGUGGAGAUGAUUUCAAGGGUAAGCUAAAUCUGAAGGAGUUUGACGACUCUGUGAACAGAGAAGACGGGAUUCUAAAACCAUGUUACUCACCCAAUGACCUUAUUGACAAGUUGGUGGUGAACUUUGAGAGUUUUCUGGAAGUGGUUUCCACUGAGGAUCCUGGAAAGGUUUGGGAAAAUAUCUUGGGAGGAGAAAAGAAUGAGUACGUGGCCUCCCCAAACAGGCCUUACUGUCUCGCUGUUUCAGCCGAGAUUCCACCCGGAGGGCCCCAGUGCCUGUGCUCAGGGAUGCUAGAGGGGACCUGCCCAGAAGCCAGAGAGCAGCUUCUCCCUCCCGCCCAGGGCUUUGGGCCAGACCAUCUCUGUGAGGAAGGAGCACCAAACCCAUACUUGAAAAAUUCAGUGACAACCAGAGAAUUUCUCAUGUCUGAAAAACGUCCAGAGCAAAUCCACAGAGAAGUCUAAGUGCUGCCGUGGCUUGACUCCCGCUGUGUCUCAGUGUGGGUGACACACAGAGGGGGAAGGUAUGGCUACAAGAGCUUUCUUGGCAUCUUCCCAUCCUGCUUAUGUUAGAGAAAGCCUUGCACACCCCCAAACUUGGUUGGUACAGACGUGGAAUUUGCUUGAGAAGAAAGGAUGCUGAUCAGCCUGAGCACUUUGCAGACGAAGAACAAUUUUGUCAUUGUUGUUGUUCAACUGACAAGCUGUCACUGAGGCCCCUGGCAGAUGGACUUAGAGGGGCAGUAGACACUGGAGGCAGAUAUAUGUGGCCUUCCCAAGGAAGUGGACCUUGGGCAUGGCCUGUGCUGGCGCCACUCCUCGCAGCUCCAGGAGAGACUUUCCCUGUUGCCAGAAGACCAUUUAGUUGGCUCUUGGGUGACCUGCUGGGAGGCAAGGGGAUCUCCCAUCUCCUUGACUUCCCUGGCUCUAGGCUCUACUCUGAGGCAGCCCUGGCCUCGCUUUAGAGUCGCUUUAAAUCUCUCUUUCAACACAGAGGCGGCAAGUGGGGUGGCCUUCUAGAUGGAGUGCCUGAAACACCUCAUUACCCUCAUUAAAUCUGAAGUGUUUGCAGCAACAACCAACCCAGGACUCUUGCCCUUGGUCCACUCCAUGCCUGCAGCGGGGGGUGGAGGAACAAGGGAAGGCCUCAGCAGGGUGCUGGGGGAGGGACGCUAGCCUGGGCUGGCAGGUCCGCCCUGCUGUCCAGGUCAUAGCCCAGCCCUACCAACAGUUUCCAGAGGCCCCUGCUGCCCCUCUGUCUGUACCCAAGCCUGGGAGUUGAAAGGCACUGUAGAUGGAAGUGGCUUUUUGACAGGGACUCUGGUCCCUCAUGCUGGCCCGGAGCCCAGGAAUGCUUAUGGAACACACCCUGCAAAGGCCUCUCCCCAGAAGCAGCCAAGCAGGGCCUGCACACGUGGAAUGCUUAGUAACUGUGCUGCUCCCACACCGGGCUCCUCUGCCUUCACCCGACAAAGCUGGGAGCCCACAACCUUGACUGGAACCACUAGCCCAAGGGCUGAUGGCAGACCCCUGGGAACUUGUGGCUGGCGCACUGGCCCUGGGCUCACACCCUGCGCACAGUGGCUUGCUGGUGUUGGUGAUGGCUCGUCUGGCCAUUGCGGGAGGUUGCUGAGAACCUGGUGAGGUAGGGGCAGUGGGGCCCAGUGAGCCCAGCAUUUGCCAGAUAGAAAGGUUGACGGUAUUUUCUCCAAGAAUGAGAAGUCUGUGCUUGUGGUCCACAAGCAGCGGUCACAGACUUCACAAGCCACUGACUCAGGUGUGCAAAAACAUUGCUUUACUUUCCUAUAACCAAGAUUAAUUUCCAGUGCCAGCCACUGACCUUUAGAAGGAACCACCCCAAGUUAGAGAUUUUGAGUUGCCUCGGGUUUGGAGCUUGGGCUCACCUGGGAUUUCAAUGCCCCGUCCAUCCUGGGACUGGCUCUGAGUGCCAGCAAAUAUUCAGGGGAAUGUGAGGUCUGCUGCCUGACCCCGGGCAGGGAUGUGCCCUCUUCCCUGUCCCCUGCCACUUUCCUCUAAUCACUGCAUCCUUAUCGUGGGUACAAGCAAGGAUGCUUUCCCAAAGCUGUCUCCUCAUUAAGUCUCCAGUGUCUGCAGCACCCCCAGAUUCCACAGUCCUGGUUCACAGAACAGUGACCACUGAUACAUCUAGGAAUAAAGGAUGCCUGGGGCAGGCGCUGGGAGCCUAUGUUCUGGGAGCAGAAAGGGACCAAAUGAAAGGGACUCCUGGCUGUGGUGGCUGCUCUCGGCCCUGACGCCUCCCUCCCCAACCCUCUUGCUAUGUGGGCACUCCUGUGGACUCCCUGUCUUCCAGAACCCCAGACAGGCCCUUUCCACCCGCCUCUGAUCUCUGAGCUCACAGGAGGCCCCAGCCUGGGACCCCGCAUUCCUCUCUCUCCUGAGAAACCCUCUGCCACCUCCAGCUGAGGGGCAGGGACUGCCAUGAGUCCCUCUAUUCUUCUCCUCACACCUUUUUGAACCUAAAGUCCAAGAAGUUGAUGGUGGGGAGAGAGGAAAGGUCACAAAUUGAAGUGGGUUUCAGGCAUGAAGCCAUUACCCUUGCUCUCCCUCCCUUACCAUUCGUUGACACCUGAAGCUUCUGAUGAAUAGCUGGCAAAUACCACGCCCUGGGGCUUCCCAGGUGGCAGUACGGGUAAAGACCCUGCGUGCCAGUGCAGGAGACGGC